AUGCCAUAUACCUUUAAUUUUCCAAAGCUGCAGUCAAGUUUCAAAUAUUCUAUUAAAAGUCUUACUAAUUCUCGGUCAUUCCCAAUGAUAUCCAUCUAUGUUACACCACAAUCAACACCUAAGUUUAUCAAUAAUCAGUCCAUUGAUAAAAUGACAGUAUUGAGUUCUUUCAGAUCAAGAAACAGUUUCAUUAUUGCUAGAAGCAUACUUUCCAAGCUAUUAAGAAAAAAUAAAGCUGAUUUCAAGAAAGUGUCCAAGAGUGUAUCUUUACUUUGGGGUUCGGUUGACAAUUCUUUCAAAAACUAUUUCGAAUACUUAUCUAUUUUAGAGUCGCAAUGGCACGAUAAAAAAAGCUCAAACCUCAAUCCAAUAUCUUCUACUAGGACUACUAGUGAGCUCAACUAUAUCGAACUUUGUUCAAGUAUUUACAAUCAAUCAAGAAAACAUCCAAGAUCUGUACAGGGUAACAAAGCAAAAUUCAGAUUAUACAAAAACGUUUCAAAAAAGCUGAAUAGGAAACCACGGAGAUUAAAAAAUGGUUUUAAGGUAAGUCGAAGCACUAUAAACUGCAGUUAUGGCAUCUAUACUGAGGACGUUUUUCAAUAG